AAUCUGGCAAUAUCGGUUUAUUUACUUAUUGCCUUUCAUUUCUGAAUCUGAUUGAGUAUAGAAGCAAGAUUAUAGUUGUAGUUUCGCAACUGCAGCAUCAGUUCGAACACAUUUCCUCCACAAUUCAUAAACGAAACAAUGACAAAUAUGUUUUGUAAAUUUAGACCUCUGCAGACUUUUCUACGAUCACAUAUUAUAAACGCAAAUUAUGCUGCUAAAGCAAGCAUUGAGUGUAAUGCCAGAAUGUUAGUAAAUGUUAUCCAAGAUGAAAAGAAACAAAUUGCCAAUGUUAUUAUGCAGAGACCUCCAGUGAAUAGCUUAAAUUUAGAGCUUCUGGAGCAACUCACAGCUACAAUAAAAGAUUUGGAAAAGAAGCAAUUCAGAGGAAUGAUUUUGUCAUCUAGCUCUCCUACUGUAUUUUCGGCUGGUCUUGAUAUUACAGAAAUGUACAAGCCGAAAGAAGAAAGAUUGAGGCAAUUCUGGAAAGCUUUACAAACUAUGUGGAAAACAUUAUAUCUUACACCUUUGGUGACAAUUGCAGCAAUCAAUGGCCAUGCACCUGCAGGAGGUUGUCUUGUGUCACUGAGCUGUGAUCACAGCAUUAUGGUGAAAUCUAGGGCCAGUAUUGGUCUGAAUGAGACAAUGCUGGGUAUUGUUGCUCCUCAAUGGUUUAGGAAAGUUUAUAUUAACUCUAUCGGAUUUCGCCAAGCUGAGCAUGCUCUAAAACUUGGGAAAAUGUUCAGUCCAGAAGAAGCUUUGAAAUUAGGCCUUGUUAAUGAACUUGUAGAUUCCCCUUCAGAUGUUCUUCCUAAAGCCCAAGAGGAGAUGGAAAAAUGGAUGAAAAUUCCAGCUUCAGCUCUGCAGAUGACAAAAUUAAGCUUACGUAAACCUGAUGUUGAUGAAUUGAUCUCUUAUGAAAAGAAAGAACUAGAAGAAAUUGUCUUCUUUGUCAAUCAAGAAAAAGUUCAAGCUAUGCUUGGGAAGUAUUUUGAAAGUCUAAAGGGUAAAAAGCAGUAAAAAUACAUCUGUUCAUUUUCUAUUUCAAAUACUUACCACAAUUCUUUACAAAUGGUGCCAUUUUAUAUUGUUCAAUAUAAAACCUUCAGAAAAUUAACAAUUAACAUUUAUUUAUUAAUCAAUCUAAAAGAAGAAGGCAAUAGAUGUAUUGCUUUUUCGCAACUUGCAUGUCUUCAUGAAAAUUUUCUGAAUGAAUUGAUGUGUAGAAAUUAUAUAUGUUCAGAAUCUUAUAUAAAAUUUUGUCAGUUUUUUAUGAAAAGGAUAGAAAUAUUUUCCUGUGUAUUAAAAGCAAAUAUAUUUACUAUUUUAUACUUAAUGAUCAAAUAAAUUAUUUUUCUAUA